AACGCCACACGCGACCCAUCCUCCUCUCCCCGCGGUUGGCGCUCGUCGGCAGGCCCGAACUCUUGGUCGCAGUCCGGGUAAUCCCUGCACCGUGUGUUGCCACCACGUUCCGCGAACCGUCACGCACCCAUACGCGCGACAGACUUUAGCGAAGUGUUCCGCUCCACGCGUAAACAAGCUCAAUUGCAUGAUGUGCUCCGUAUGACGCGUCUUCCCAGUUAUCUAUUGCGGCUAACGGAAGUGUCCCUUGUCAGAAGUCGCCUGUCUCCUCGGUCUCGGCGGUGAGCCACACUCGAGUGCGCGUCAGCACGCGAGCGCACACUCCACACCGAAGCUCAGAGGCUAUCAGCUCAGUUUUGACAGCGCGGGGUCCGCGAAUCGCCGGGCCUUUCCUCCUUGCUCAUUCUGCUUCUCGAGUGUCUUGAGAGAUUAUAUACGCAGGGUCGCAGUCAGUCGCACGAGCAGACAGGAGACAAACUACGGACUUCGCGACAGCCGCGAUGGCUUCUUCUACACAGCGCACUCCGUUCCUGGUGCUCGUUUUCGCCGCGGUCUGCGCGAUCUGCAAUGGCCAAAGUAGACUGUACGCCCGGCUAGACAAAGUUGAAACGCUCAUCACCGAAGUUCGAGACCAGUUACAAAUAGAGAACAACCUGCGGACAACGCAGACGGUGAGCUUUCAGAUGGCACUGGAUAAGGUCCAGAAGCAGUUGGAAGACGUAUCUUCCAAGAUCGGCCGUACAGCGAGCAGCGGUGGCGGUGGCGGUGAAGGCUCUGUGGAAUUCAACAGCCGUUUAAGAAGCCUUGAGUCAGCCUUCAACAACCUCCAAGGGGACGUGGGAGGCAAGGUGGACACGAGCAUCGCAAAGCUGACCGAGGUCGAGACGAGAACAGCGCGCAUGAAGGACGACAUGGACAGCAAGCUGAAGAAGGUGAUGAACGGGAUAAACACAAUUUACGACAUGAACAAAGAGCUCAAGAACACCAUGACCUCUGCUUCUCGCGCCGUCACGGAGCCAGAGUCGCCGCGACGAGAAGGUUCUCGCCGGGGCGGAGGCUCGGCCGACACGUCACUGUCCUUCCUCGUGGACACCAUCGACGACACGCAAAGGAAGAUGCACGAGCAGCUGGACGUGCUGAAGAACCACAUGGGCAGGAAGCUGGAAGGGCUGGAAGUGCUCACGAACAGCCUCAUCGAACAGAACGACGCCCUGCUGAACGAACUGGAGGCGUUCAAGGAACAGUGUCCAGGUACUGCCGGCAACGCGCGCUCGUUGGACGCUCCGCCUGUUACUCCACGGCCUCCCAGGAAUGGAACCGGAAGCUCAGACGUUGCGAACAGGAUGCUGUUGGAGAUUAAAGUGAGCCAACUGGAGAUGAAGAACGACUUCAGCAAGAUGAUGCGCGAAGUCGAGAGUAGCCUCACCGACAUCAAGGAGUGCCGAGUUCCCGGAGGCCACACUCCCGGAAAGACGUUCGAAGCCAGGUCUCCCAAAGGAGUCGGCGAUGGGGAUGGCUUGACUGCCUCGGAAAGCAUCACGACGUCACGUCGAGCUCCAGUUUCCAGCGUGCAGUCCGUGGGUGAAAAAUGUGUCUCGGCGUCGCACGUGAUGAGCCCUCGAAACUGCGCAGAUCUACGCACUGGUGGCGCGACGUGCGACGGCGUGUACAUCGUGUACACGCAGGGAGUCAGAGCUGUCAGGGUCUACUGCGACAUGACCACCGAUGGAGGAGGAUGGACGGUGCUGAUGCGCCGGGGCAACUUCACCCAGUGGCCGCUGACCUUCGAGACGGACUGGAACAGCUACAAGCACGGCUUCGGCGACGUCGAGCGCGAGUUCUGGCUGGGCAACGACCUGAUGCACAUGCUCUCCACCGAGCACGACAUGAUGCUGCGCGUCACGCUCGAGUCGUUCGAAGGCGAGACCAUCGACCUCGACUACGAGGCGUUCGUCGUGGGCUCCGAGAACGACCACUACCGGCUGCGCGUCGGCUCGUACGUCGGCGCGCAUCCGCGCGUCGGCAACUCGCUGCGCCGGCACAGCGAGCAGCUCUUCAGCACCCACGACCGGGACGCCGCUCGCCGCGUCAACAGCUGCGCGCGCCAGCACAAGACCGGCUGGUGGUUCCACAGCUGCUACAGCGUGCUGCUCACCGGCGAGUACACGAGCGAACGCAGCGCGCCCACCACUAAGGGCAUCCGCUGGCCCGCCUGGAAGACGGUGCCCCUCAAGGCGGUCGAGAUGAAGAUCCGCCCCAAGAACUUCAUCCCGCAGUGAGCGCGAGGGCGCUUACUGUUUGCGUGACACGUUCUUAUACGGACGCAGACAGUAUACUGACACAGAGAAGAGACACCGACGCGCGUGUCGCCUUUUGAAGACGUGCUCUGUGAGAACUGCAUUCGCGGCUCGGCGAAUGUCACAUAACGCGACUGGAAGACUGAACCGCGUCAAAAUAAUGUGGCAGUGUAGUGGAAGGUAUAGCUCCACUACAGGCAAACAGGGAACGCAAUCAUGCGAACGGAAGCGUGUCUGCGCCUCGUAUAGUAAGUUCGCGUAUGCCCCUCGAUGCCGGAGCAUGUUCUGCUUGGAUUCUAUAUCAAAGUCUCGAUCUAAGUUUUCAAAGCAUGCUUCGACACUACCACUCCAGUGCCAUAUUAUUGUGAAACAGAGCAUUAUGCUUUAUUUUUUCCUUGCGACGGAAGAAAUACAGCACUUGAGUCGAAUAUACAGAGGUUUUCGUUCGUAAGUCCGCUUUUCAUGCUAUUGGUUGGCUAACCUUCGCUAUCUAUCCAGCAUUAGGAUUGGCUGAAAAGUACUCUUACGAACAAUUUUAUCGUAAGAAGUUUUCGUAAGUAUGAGCCCUGGAAUAGGGUACAUAUACUGACAAUGUCACCAGAUUGAGAAACCUCGGGGGCCCAGCACGCGACCCUGCAGGUUCUGACGCACAGCCCUGACUUUCGAAGACGUUUUCGCAAGCAGGAAUGGUGAUAGCUGAGAAAGCCAUUACAAACCGUUGUUGUACACGAACGAAGAGUUUUGUAAAUCCAGUACUUGGCCUCUUAAGGAAGAUGUUGGUGUGUCUACUCUGCGUAUCCCUCACUCCGUGCACUAUCGCUAAAACUGCGUCACGCCACAUUCAAUACUCCGUAGCAGUUAUUUGCAAAAUCGCUGAAGCCUUACAAAUUGGCACCUGUGCUUGGUUAGCCAUCCGGACGUUCAACCUAUAAAGGCUUUAUUGCGUAAAAGGAGAUAGUGAUCGAACCAGGCGUCAAACGAAUGAGCGCUCUUUUAUACAAUUUGAAUGUAAUCCUUUCACUUUCAUACGACUGACCAUGGGUGAGUUUUUCGCAAGAGGGUCGUAACAGCAUGACGCUACAUCACGACGUCAGUUACAAAGUACAAGUGGGCAUUGCCGUUUGUUAAAUCUUAUAUUUUGCGAGCGCUAAUCAAGGAAGUUCUUCCGCGAGUCGUGUAAUCCAAUACUGGCGCCAACAGCUUGUUAACCUUCGGAACUCCCGAAUUCACAUAAGCGCCAGAGCUCGCGUACUGGACACCGGGGUUUGUAUGCGAAAGAAGAAUUCAAAUUGUUCGGAAGGAGUAAUGUUUAAUUACCAGAAAGGGUAUUGCCGGCAGGACGCUAUAACUAGUUUCAGCAGCGUAGAAAUUCAGAGAAAUAAAAAGCGGAAACGUACGAAUAACCGAAUGACGUCCGAAACAUGGUAAAUCUCAAAUAAGAACGAUGGCUUUUCACAACCUCUAGAAAAUGGCCGUGUACAGCCAUUGCAUGUUAUGUCUGUGAGUGCGCUACAGUUUGCGUUUGCAUUGUGCGCGAUUAUUGUGUUGUUAAGCGUGUCUUUCCUGUGACUGGAUAUUAGCUUUUUUGUAUUUUUUUACAUGUGAUGGCGAGCGUGUACUUGUGUUUGUCCUUGCGUCAUGAUAUUGCCGUGUAUUUUGUUGAACUUGUCAGCCGGAACUAUGGCGGGAAUCAGUUGGGCAGGAGAAAACAAAAAGCCAUUUUGUAAAUGUACUCAAUGUCUUGGUCCCAGCCGGAUAGGCCAAGGCCUACAGGCGAUGCAAGCGCUGUCAUUACUCGGUUAUGCAUCUUUAGGCGUUCAUCAGGAGAUUCACAUGUUCGUGAUUUCUGUGGGGGAUUGUUAGGAGGAGAUGACUUUCUCUUCAUCUAAAUACCUUGUGCCCCCUGGUCUUAUCAUGCCACUGGUUCAUUGGCAUCAUCUCACAGCGAAGUACGCGUACAGCUCGAUUAUAAGUGGCUAUGAGUGACGUGUUAAUCUACAUGUCGGUUAUCCACAUUUCUCGUGUGAUUUGAACAGUUCGAACUGUAUUAACACGUGAUCUGAGAGAGACAGUAAAGAUGGAAAAAGAAAGACGAGAAAAUUUACCACGGGGGGAAAAAAGAGGAAAAUAUACGUCUGGCUAGUUACUUUACAUCUGAGAAAGGGGAGGAGAGAAUAGAGAUUUGAUUUUUCAAAGCGGUGAAUCACAUGGUGUCGUUUUGUGAGACUUAACAGCUCUUCUUUAAGGUCACUCGAAGGAAAGAAUAUGUACAAUCAAAUGGGUUUCUACGCAUUUUGUGCUUGACUUUCACACAGCAGAGCUCUGACAUUCAUGAGCGAUGGCUGGGACUUACACGUACACACUGUAAAAAGAGCAGCUCUUAUUGUUGAAAUUAUUGUUUCGCGUAUAUUUUCAAAAGACAAAGCCGGCCAGAGCACAAGCUAUGCCGAAGUUCCACGAUUACGCACGACCUACCAUGGCGAACUUUCCUUGAUUUUGGACUAUUAAUAGCUGAACGUCUUGUUGAUAUACGCGAUUCAUUUCUCUUCAAUAAUUUAAAUGCAGUACACAAAUUAUGAAACACUUCGUUCGAGUUUCUAUUCGUAAUGACAAUUACGCAUUUAAAAAGAAUAAAUUUUGUGUUUACAUUGUUGCUAAGAGUGUUAUUGUAUAUGUGCUGGCAGCUGCUUGCUUGCGAAAGCAAAGAUAAUUUUGUUCAUUGAGAUGUGGUGCUUAGUGCUGUGAUUGAAUAUUUUUUGAGUCCGUGUUAUAUGCGUGCAUAUAUAUGUGUGUGUGUGAGUUCAAGAGUCGCGUAUUUUUUACGAGGAAAAUCGUCUCUGCGGGUUUACCGUGCCCUUUGAUAAACUUUACAUAGAAUUGCGGUAUACUAGGAAAAAAAAUCAUCUGUGAAACCUUCGUGUAUGCUUUAGUGGUGUGUAAAUAAACUAGAAGUGCGAAAUAAAGAGACAGUAAAACUA